GCCAAGGGGGAGGUGAGAGUGGUUGGAAAGGACAAGUCUGGGCAACGCUCGGGGGUUGGCACCACUUCGCGCACUCAUUCAAGCGGCACUUGUCCCUGCAGUUCUCGCUGACCGUGUUAGCUGCGUCUUCUGCGCUCCCGCACCCUGAGCUCAUCCGCAGACGUCCUGGUGUCGGUCCUCACCAUGCCUAGCCUUUGGGAUCGCUUCUCGUCUUUCUCUUCCUCGUCGUCUUCGUCCUCGUCCCGAACUCCCACCCCAGAUCAGCCACCGCGCUCAGCCUGGGGGUCGGCGGCCCGAGGAGAGGGGCUCGGCCGCUGCGCGAGCCUGGAGAGCUCGGACUGCGAGUCUCUGGAUAGCAGCAACAGUGGCUUUGGACCCGAGGAAGACUCGGCGUACCUGGAUGGGGUGUCCCUCCCUGACUUUGAGCUGCUCAGCGACCCUGAGGACGAGCACCUGUGUGCCAACCUGAUGCAGCUGUUGCAGGAGAGCCUGGCCCAGGCACGACUGGGCUCGCGGCGCCCCGCGCGUCUGCUGAUGCCGGGCCAGCUGGUGAGCCAGGUGGGCAAAGAACUACUGCGCCUGGCCUACAGUGAGCCGUGCGGCCUGCGGGGGGCGCUGCUGGACAUCUGCGUAGAACAAGGCAAGAGCUGCCACAGCGUGGGCCAACUGGCCCUCGACCCCAGCCUGGUACCCACCUUCCAGCUGACACUCGUGCUGCGCCUGGACUCACGCCUCUGGCCCAAGAUCCAAGGACUGUUUAGCUCCGCCAACUCUCCCUUCGUCCCUGGCUUCAGCCAGUCCCUGACGCUGAGCACUGGCUUCCGAGUCAUCAAGAAGAAGCUGUACAGCUCAGAACAGCUGCUCAUUGAGGAGUGUUGAACUCGGGGCUGAGGGGCUGACACAGCCCCCACAGCAGACAACUGAACUUUUGGGGUGGACAUUGGCAGGACAUUGGAGGAACUGUUGCCUGCCAGUUAGAGAACUGACAACAGCCACUUGAGGGGAGGAAGGUGAGGUGGCAGAGAGUGUUUCCUGGGGAGCUCAGUGAAGUGGGUGUAGGUGGCUUCUCAUUGGGGACACACACUUGUCCCUCAGUACUGUAGCAUGAAACUAAGGUUUAGGGGCCAACCAGGCUUCUGGCUGGAUGUGUAUGUAGCAUGUACCUUAUUUUUAUUGUUACUGACAGUUAAGACAACAGUGGUGUGACAGCCAGGAGAGCAGCUGGGCUGCACUGGCCUCUACAAUUACAGUUGGUGUGUGCUCAAGGUAGCUGGCCCUGUGGGAGGGGGGAAGUCAUCGAGGUGUUUUGUGUAUCUCAUGGUCUGAAGGGGCCAAAUGUGUUUGUUCUUUGGUUUUGCAUCUGUUGUUGUUGUUUUUUUGAUCCGGAGCUUCACUACUGACCUGUUCUAGGCAGCUAUCUUACAGACGCAUGAAUGUAAGAGUAGAAAGGGGUGGGUGUUGGGAUCACUUGGGGGAUCUUUGACACUUGAGAAAAAAAUACACCUGGGAGCUGCAUUUGGCCCAUCCCCUGAUGUGUACUGAAGAAUUUAUCUGUGAGGGGUAGGGCUGAUUGGGGUGGGGGCUGGAACCCCACCCCCAGAGGAGUGCCAUGUGGGUCUUCCAUCUAGAACUGUUUACAUGAAGAUACUUGCUGUUCAUGAAUACACUUGAUGUUCAAGUAUUAAGACCUAUGCAAUAUUUUUUACUUUUCUAAUAAAAAAGUGUUUGUUAAAAGUUGGUUGAGUCUCUUAUUAGUGCCAAGAAAUAAUAGGGAGUAAGAUGGGUGCUGUUAAAAGGUGGGUUACAUCAGAUUCAGGUCCACCUGUGUGUUUCUCUGUCCCUUUCCAGGGCUGCCUGCCAGCCUGGUAAUAGAGGUAUGUGGAUUGUGUGCCAUCCGUGCCAAGAACCCUGGAUCCCUGCAGACUGAGGCUACCAGGGGAAAAUGCUGGAAGGUGAGGAGUGAGUCAGACCUCCCACAAAGCCAGAGUCUCCAGUAGGCAGAGCUCACCUGGCUGUGCCCUGGGUUAGGAGGCCCAGGUACAAGGGCCCCCUAAGCCCAAGGUCCUUACAGGUAAUGAAAGGACUGCAAGAAACUUUUUUGGUGAAAGUUCUAUUAGUGCUGUAAUCAUGAACAUUACAAAUUUUAUCUUUGGAUAUAAAAAGACUAUAGGGCAGAAACAUCAAUAAAUGGAUUUUACAA